CCAUGUCUUCGGGGGCCAGCGUGAGCGCCCUGCAGCGCCUGGUGGAGCAGCUCAAGCUGGAGGCCGGCGUGGAGCGGAUCAAGGUCUCUCAGGCAGCAGCAGAGCUUCAACAGUACUGCAUGCAGAAUGCCUGCAAGGAUGCCCUGCUGGUCGGUGUUCCAGCCGGAAGCAACCCCUUCCGGGAGCCUAGAUCCUGUGCUUUAUUCUGAAAACUGUAGGGAAGAAGUUCGCUGAGGAAUGCCUUUAAGCACAAAGUGAUGAAUGACUGCCUCCAAGUCUCAAGAAAACACUUUUCUCUAGCCAA